CAUAGAACACGCUCAGUAAAGUCCUCUCUCUCUCUCUCUGCGUGCUUCGUUGACCUAAAAUCCCUUCCCAACGAAGCUUUGUUCCAUUUCCAAGUUUAAGUUCUGUUGAUUUCGGGUGACAAUCGCAAAUCCAAGAUCUGGACUUGAUAAAACUAGGGCAAGCAGUUGUUUUGGAAUGGGGACGUCGAAAAUGCCGAUGCCACUGACAGAUGAAUCGCUUGUCAUUCGGGAGGUGUGGAACCAUAAUCUCGAAGAGGAAUUCGCAUUAAUCGGCGAAGUUGUGGACAAAUUCAAUUACGUCGCAGUGGAUGCCGAGUUCCCUGGAGUUGUUUUUCGUCUCCCGUCGCUGGAAAAUAUCAAGAACAUGAGCGAUUAUAACUACCAGACUAUGAAAAGUAACGUCGAUAAGUUGAAGUUGAUCCAAUUGGGUCUCACGUUCUUGGACGACGAGGGGAACUUACCCACUUGCGGCACGGACAAGUACUGCAUUUGGCAGUUCAAUUUCCGUGGUUUCGACGUAACCAAGGACGAGUUUGAUGGCGGAUCGAUCGAGUGGCUGCACGAGCGCGGUAUUGAUUUCAAGAAGAACAAUGAGAAGGGGGUUGAGGCGGAACGCUUUGGGGAGCUCCUGAUGUCCUCUGGGAUCGCUCUGAAUGAUGGUGUUAACUGGGUUACCUUUCAUGGCAAGUACAAUUUCGGUUUCCUGCUUAAGCUGUUGACUUGCCGGAGUUUGCCUGAUACGCUGGUGGGGUUCUACGAUUUGAUCAAGAUGUAUUUUCCCCUGGUGUACGACGUCAAGCACAUGAUGAAGUUCUGCGACGGUCUUCACUGCAACUUGAAUAAGCUUGCGGAACUGUUGGACGUGGAGAGGCUUGGCGUGUGCCAUCAAGCCGGGUCCGACAGCUUGCUCGUGGCUUGUGCUUUCCAGAAGUUGAAGGACUGUUUCUUCAAUGGCUCCACAGUAAAGUACGCUGGUGCAUUGUACGGCCUUGGUGUCCAGGAUGGGGGAGCACUGACUAAAUGAAGAUUGCCUGGGAAUAUGAUCUGGUGAAUAUUUGUGGGCUACUUGCGGCUUCGGUGUCAGCUUCUUCAGCACCGGAAGCACCCGCCCUUCACCGGGGGCGAUGGCUAUAGCAACUUCGACUUCAACUUCCUCCAUGAAUCGGGAUAAUCCAUUGGUGAAGAGACUGGAUCGUCUUUGUGGACGUCUGAUGCGAUUUCUCGUCAUGAUUCUGCUUCGGCGGCGAGAAAAUCGCGUCAUCCAUGGACGAAUUCUUGCAUCGACUCCGUCGUGCGAUUGCUUGAAUUCGGGAGCGUGGUUUGGGUUUGGAAAGAGGGAAGGAUUUGAGCUUGUGACAACGGGACUCGAGGUCGGAGGGCAAGGGGAAGUCGUUGACUGUGAACGAGGAGGCGUCGAGGAUUUUGCUCGAGGACGCAGAGGUCCUUGGUCUGGAAAAUGACAGAAGCACAUGGUGCCCAAAAGAUAUUAUUGAUGAGGCGAGAUUUCGUAAGAUUGUGUUUGUGUAAAUUGCUAUAAUUAAGAAGAUGGGCUAUUUUCAA